UUAGCUGUUCAAUACGCGUAAAAUCUACGUAUCCGUAUCUGAACCCACUUCCCACGAUCCCGCCUCCUGCGACUAGCUCCCUCGAAUCCCGAAACCCUAGCUCCCGUCGCCAUGGCGGCCGCCGACUCCGUCGUCUUGGACCGCGACGACAAGGGGAACCCUCGCGCGCUCCGCCUCUUCGCCGCGCUCGUCGAGGCCGAGUCUCGCCACUUCGCCUCCGCCGCCUCCUUGCCCUCCAAGAACAACCUCAUCCUGGCUUUCCGCGGCGGCGACACCCCAACCGUCGCGAUCGCCGACUACCUGGAGCGCAUCCAGCGCAACCUACACUGCGAGAGCGUCAUCUUCGUCCUGGCGGCCGUUUACUUGGCGCGGUUCGUCCGCAGCCGCACCGCGCGCGAGGCGGGGCUCCUCGUCGAGCCGGCCACGGCGCACCGCCUCGUCUCCGUCGCGCUCCUCCUCGCCGCCAAGUUCUCCAGCCCCAACUACGCCCCCAACAGCCCCAAGGUGAUCCCGGUAUGUUCUAACCAACGAAUCCUGGCGAGUGAAUUCGCCGGGCUGGAGGUGUCGUUCCUCCGUGCCAUCGACUACCGCCUCCUCGUCACCGAGGAACAGUUCCUGCGGUAUUGCGGUCACCUGGAGCGCGGCCCGAUGGCUGGCGGAUGCUGCGGCGGCAGGAAGAGGAAGUCAACUUCCACCAGAGAAGGGGACAAGGCCCGCAACGUCCAAGCCUGCCAGAAGCCUGCCAUGGCAUCUUAGGAUUUCGAUUUGGAUUCCAUUUCUUCCUGUCAUAUGCAUCAUUCCGUAUAAUUAGUUCUCGCAUUGCAUUAUUGGUUAAUCUUCUAUCUUUUCUCUGCAGGGUACUUUCAAGGAUUUCGAUUUGGAUUCCAUUUCUUCAUGUCGCUUGCAUCAUUCCUUAUAAUUAGUUCUCGCAUUGCAUUAUUGGUUAUUCUUUUUAUCUUUUCUCUGCAGGCUACUUUGAACUGGGAAUGGGAGCCUGAGAGGUGUUAGGUUUAAUUUGCUCGCUUAGUUGGAAGAAUAAAGAAAGCCGGAAAUGAAGAACGGCAAGAUUUGAGCCCGAAAGUUUCAGUUUAGGUCUUAGUUUUAAGUUCCUAGCUUAGGUCUUCGGUAAAUUUUUGCUUGAAACAGUUGUAAUUCUAGUCUUCUAGUACUCUUACGGAACAAUAUCCAGUACAAGAGUCCUAUGACUAGAUCUUAUGUAAUAUUUCAAGUUAUAAGAAAGUAGUAGAGUAAUAAUAUUUUUUAUGGUCAUUCGUAGCCGCC